AUGGGCCGACAGCUCAGCUCGAUUUUCCGACGCAUGGUCGCAUUCAGCCACAACAAACUAAAUUUCUACUGGGAUUCUAAGCCAUAUCUUGACGGUCACAUACGUGGAAGUCUGCCCGAGCGUUGUUUCGAGUUUUACCUGACGAUUCCUUGGCCUCCGCGUCUCCACUGCCACUAUUUCUGCGUCAGGCGGCAUCGCACACCGUUCCAUUCUUCUACACAGGUCGAGAAGAAGACGUCAAACACAUUCCAGUACACUUUCCUGCCCUCUCUCCUUCAAGCAGCCGCCAAAUUAUACCUCGCAACCCACUCGAGACGCACCCACAACCCAGCGCAGAUACUCGACAUGGAAGACGGCGAACACAAACAGAGUCAGAUCGAUGACAAGGGUGACAAGAACGAGAACAGCCGCAGGUCUCAUUCGCUCCAGAUGCUCGCCAACAAGCUCAAAUGUGACGAAGAAAGUAUCCCCGCUGUCAUAGAGCAAGAGAUAAUUUCCUUGACGUCGUCGUAUCUCGAGAUAGAGGAAGAUCGUUGGAGUCCACAUACGCAAGCCCGAGUCAAUCUUCGUACGGAGAAGCUCCGCGACUUAGCUAAAGUCAUUCGAAAACUCCUGGAUGAAGCCCGGGCGUCCAUGACACGAGCGGAUAACAUGGAGAAGCUCCGCGGCUUAGCUAAUGCUAUUCGAAAACUCCUGGAUGAAGUCCGGGCGUCCAUGACACGGGCGGAUAACAUGGAGAAGCUCCGCGACUUAGCUAAUGCUAUUCGAAAGCUCCUGGAUGAAGCCUGGGCGUCCAUGACACGAGCGGAUAACAGGGAGAAUGCUGAUUCUGAAAGCUCCGGGGACAUAUAA